AGAUUAUAAAAUUAAGUUUAGAUUCAAAUUGGUUAAAGAAACAUAAACCAAUCAAAACCAAAGUCGAACAAAUUUUAGAAAUCUUGGAAAUCAGUCUAGGAUCACAUUCACUUAGUCCAGAAGAACUUCAAGACUCUUUUAUGUACCUAUAUCUAGGUGAAUCUAAUGAAACCCAAAAGAGAAAGAAAGAGGGAAUCGAAAGUCAAAAGAAGAAAACUAAAAGGACAAAAUCUUUGAUUGUUAGAUCGGUUUGUAUUGCUAAAAGGAUUGAGAGAGCAUAUAAGAUUAUUAAAGAUGAUGAUCAAGUCAAGAUUGAUAAUCUAGCUAAUGGGAAAGGAAAGGAAAAAGAUACAGAGUUAAUCAAGUUUGUUGAUCAAGAGACAACUACAAUCUAUUGCUCUCCUGAACCACAUCAAGCUUUAAUUGGCAUACAUCGAAUUUGGACUUCACCUCAAUUUAGAAACUUUGGAUUAGCCAAAAGAUUAAUGAAUGUAUUAAGUGAAACAUUUAUUUAUAAUUUGAAGAUCACCAAUCGAUUAGAUAGAUUAAGAUUGAUUGGAUUUAGUCAACCUAGUGAAAGUGGAAUGAACUUUGCAAAGAAAUGGUUUGAGGAUGAUUGUUUUAGUUUAUUUGUGGAUUAAAUUCAUUGUGUGUGUGUGUUUUUUCUUGGAUCAUUGUUCUUGAUUAAGUUUGGUUUUUUUUUUGUGGUUUUUUGUUUGAAGUCAAUGAAAUCGGUUUUUGUUCUUGAUUAGUUUUU